AGAAGAAGGUUUCUUAUCUGUGGACAUUUACAUUGUAAAAGUCAAGUGUUUUUGUUGUUUUCCCAUAAAAUAAAAUUAUUUAAAUACGAUAAUAUAAUUUUUAUUUUAUAUUGUAAGCGGAUACUGCGGUGUUUCAAAAUGUCAGCGGAUUCGGAUGUUGAAGCAGAUAUAAUAGAAAAUGUGGCGGAGGUUAUGGAAGGCUUGUCGAAAGAUCUCAAAGAUUUAUAUGCAUUCAGAGAUUUAUUUUUUGAGAAUCAUCCUAUAGAGUUGGCAACUGAGAAGAAUAAAUUUGUUGAAGAGAAAAAAGAUGUGCUGGUUGAAAAAUUUGAAUCUAUUGAUGAUACACAAAUCCCAUUCUCUCUUCGUGCCCAAUUCCUUUUCAUGAAGGGCCGAUGCUACAAUAUUAGUCCAACAUAUGAUGCCAGAGCUUCCCAAUGUCUUAGCAAAGCUGUCAAACUCAAUCCGCAUUUAGUAGAUGCUUGGAAUGAGUUAGGGGAGUGUUAUUGGAAGAAUAUGAACAUCAAGGAUGCCAAGGCAAGCUUUGAGGGUGCUUUGAAACAUGAACGGAAUCGUCUGUCUCUAAGAUGUCUCUCAAUUAUUCUACGCCAAGAAAGUGGCAGUAACAAACGCGGGGAUCUGACAAAUGUGAUACUUAAAAGUGUAGAGCUAGCAAAAGAAGCAGUCGCUCAAGAUAUAAAAGAUGGUGUUUCAUGGACUGUAUUAGGCAAUGCUUAUUUAUGCCAGUUCUUCAUGGUAUCACAGGAUCCGGCCAUUUUGAAGUUAUGUAUGAGCGCAUACAAACAGGCGUGGUUGGAUCCCAUAGCAAAAGGACAGCCCGAUUUAUAUUAUAAUAAAGGGAUUGCUUUGAAAUACGAGGAAUCGUACAGCGAAGCACUGGAGAACUUUGAGUACGCCUGCCGUCUAGACCCGCCGUGGCAGCCGCCCCGGGCAGAGCUGAACAAGCUGAAGACAUACUUAACGGCCACCGAUGACCUGGUUCGGACCAGGGGCAAAAUUAAACCUAAACGACUGGCGCAUAUGGUGCAGUCGAUAGACAAGAAGAUGCUGGGCGUAUACAGUCCAGGCUCGUUGAACACAUUCGGGUCUCGUCGGGACGUCACAUUGGAGUUGGUUCGCUUGGACGAGCUGCAAGAGGGCGCGAACGAGGGAAAAGUGAUACUCGGCCGCGUCGUCGGAUCCAUACAUAAUGAAAGUGCUGUGCCUUUCACGUUCGCGCUGGUGGACGCGAGCCUGCAGUGUGUGCUGGUGACGGUGUACAACUGGGCGGACGGGCGCGGCGCCAUCAUCGGCGACGCCGUGGCGCUCCCCGAGCCCCGCCUCGCCGCGCAGCGACACGACUCGCCGCUAGCCAAAUACAACUUCAAAUCGAUACGUGUGAACAACCCGAUGCUGCUACUACUGAAUGGCAAGCGAGUAGGGCGGAACCAGUUCGCUUGCACGCGAGUUACUAGCACGUACGAGAUACACUGAAUCUGUGUGAGUAGUCCCUUACAGUCUUACUUAUAAACUUGUUUUAGUGUUAAGAGGUGGUUAAGAAUUGCUUGAAUUACUGUCAAAACAUUACCGGUUUCCUAGUUUAAACCUUAUUAAGAGGCAAGAUGGCAGGUUUUUACUCACAGCUGAUCGAGUAAAAUAGUGUUUUGACUGAGCAUGCUUUGCGAAUUUUUUAUAAGUAAGACUGAUGUUACAUGUUAUGGUUGACUGUUUGAUAUUGAAAUGGUUGCCAAAUUGUCUUGAUAACGAGUGAUUGCGGGCUAAUUUUGGGUAUUAACUUUAUUAAAUUUAGAAAAAAAAUAAGAGGACAUAUUGACAAUCGCUGAUGAGGGUAGAUACAUUUUUAAAAUGACAAUGACAUAAAAAAUUAAUUAUUAUGGAUAAUAAUAAAAUUAAUACAAAUGAAAUAACGGUAAUGAUGCCUUUGAAAACUUGUUAUAAACAUUUUAAAAAUGCGGUACAACUAGGGAUGUACCGAUCGAUUAUCGAUUUUAAUACCUCUAAAAAGAUAUUGAAGUUUGUUGAAGAAGAAAUAUAGAGCGAGUAAGAUCGAUUUGCGUGGUCGUAAUUCGAGUGAUGUGUAACAAUAUUAAAAAAUAUUGCAAGAGCACAAUUAAGUGUUGCCAUGAUCUCAAUUUUAUUAUACAAUUUAUACUGGCAACAUUCUAAUGUUAGUAAGAAUCAAUUCAAUAAUCAUGUGUUGAUAGUGCAGAUAACAUAUACAUUUUUAUUUAUCAUCUAUAGAUCUGGUUUACUAUUCCCAUAGGUAAUUAGUUACAAUAUGGUAAAUUUUUCACUGUCUUAGCUCAAAUCAAUGUAGAAGUUUUUGGGGUACUAUUAAGACUAAUUUUAUAAUCCAUUAACUCCUAAAAAAUCGAUAGAUUCCAGUAGACAUUUUCGAGGACCAUGUAUUUGACAUUUUUAACCAACUAACAUAGUUUUAUGUCUUAGCAUUCCCUUAAAAAUCAAAUGGUUUUUCGUAAUGUAGCCUACAGAGUAUAUUGUAUGUUUAUUUCCUAACAAUUUUAAUACAAUAAUAAUAGUAAAUGGUAGUAACUAAUAAUACAUUUUUGUAUCUGUUUGUACGUCUUGAGCUGGGAGUUUUCAUUAGGCAAGAUGCACACUAUAGUAUUUUUACGAAAUCAUAAUAUUUAAAAAUAAUUUGCAAGUAGUAUUGACAUUUAAGUUUAACAAUACAAGAUCUGUAUUACAUCAGAAAUGAAGCUAUUAGUAAGAUAUAUUUAUUAGAGUAAUUGUUAUUAUUUUAAUCGAUUUGUAAAUUGGUAAAAUCUGCACAAGAUUUUCAUUUAAAACAUAUACCCCCUUAUUCAUAGACGUUAUUUAUCUAAGGAUGGAGCAUUGCUGUGAUAACAAGUCUGUGUCUCAGGUUUGUUUAUCUGAGCUUGCUGCAGCAACUAGAUUCAAGUUGUAUCUCAAUAUUAGUCAAUCACAACGGCCCUAUGUCUACGCACUGCGAAGGCUGCCAUGCUGUCAGCACUCAGAAACAGACUUGUUAUCACAGCAAUGCUCCGUCCUUAGAUAAAUAACGUCUAUGAAUAAAGGGGAUAGUUUAUAGCCGUACGUAUAUUAAAACAUUUAGUGCCUUGUUUGCCACACCCAUCACUUAUGGAAGGAGAUAUUUAAUAGAAGCAUAAAUUGUCAACAAAAAUUUGUUGCAAUGUUGCUCAACAUGUUUUUUAGCCACACUACGAACUUUGGCUUCGCGAAUUGCAUUAUAGUAAGACUGGUUACUAGUCAUAUAUUGAAUCAUGAUACCGUAAUUAAAAAUAAUUCUAUAUACGUCAUACAAAAUAAAAAAAAAUAAAAAUUAAAACCAUUUUAAGCAAUCAUAUUAUAUUAUGGUAACAAUGCGUAUACUUCCGUUUCAUUUGAAUAAUGUAAAUAACGGUUGUUUUAAACACAAACGUUGACUGUCUUUGAGCCUAUAAUGUGUAUCUAGCUUUACUAUAUGUAUGUAAUUUUAGCGAUAAAAUCGCGUUUACAUCUCAUUGUGAAUGUUAAUUAAUAUUUUAACGAAUAAAAACAUCUUUGUAUUGUA